CCUACCUUGGCUAUAAGUCCCCUUUGUGAGACACCAUGGGCAACCAAAAUACCCGUUGAAAAGAACGUAGUUCUGAACAGCUGCACGGGCUGGGGCAUCCACACAGCAGCAGAGUGCAUACACUUUCGACGUGUACGUGAUACCACCACACACCCACUGAACUGGUUGCAUCGAGUUGACCUCAUCUACAAACUUGCUGAGAAACAUACUCAUUUUCGGAUGAGACUUGCCAAACCACAACCCAGCAAGAAUUGGACUCUUGAAACGUGACUGUGGAGGGAGCUCGUUAAUAGUGAACUGGAUUGGCCAGAUAGAUGUUUUCGACGAUUCAUAAAGAGGGCUGCCAUCGGUAUUGAAUGUGAUUGUGAGGUCACUUUCAUUCAAAGUUCCAUAUUGUCGCAGUUUGCGGUGGGCAGCUGCACUUGUGAUGUCCGAGAUGUCAUCAUUUGAUUCAGUUUGAGCUGCUAGUUUUUGUAAGUUGCCGAGUAAGUCACUCUUCGACACUUCAAUGUGAUGCUUGAUCUGUUUCGCUAUUUUCGUGAUAACAAAAAAGCAACCAGCCGCUCUGAGUUGUCUCAUAGUAUAUGUCACCAUACAGGCAUUACAGUGGAGCUCUUCAUUGAGGACUGUCUCACAACGUGAACAAUAGUAAUGAUAGGUGACAAGACACUGUUUCUUUUUGGCCCACAAUUUCCUGAAGAGAUACAAUGUUGGUGGCAAGACCGUAGAACCAAACAUACUGUUAAUCAUGGUCAACAGGUCUUGCAAAGCAAUCCAGGACAGACCAUGGCCAACAACAAAUGCCAUUACCAUUACGAUAGCAGCCGCCACAGUCGUCUGCGAACCUGGAAGAGUAGAGUUGGAAAGUUCUGAAUUGAGGUCCUCAUGCAGAUUAUCAUCGGUCGCUUCAAAGAACUGCGCAGAUCCAGCGUGAGCGCUGUUUGGUGGGGCCAUAUCAUCAUUGUCAUCACUGUCGCUUGACAUCGACCAAACGUCUUCGUCUUCGGCGCCGGAGUUGACAUCAGUGUCAUCACCUGAUAUUUCAGUCUCUUGUUCUGAAGCUUGUGCCGGACUCCUUGGGUCUCCUUCGUCGAGACUGCCAAUGUCAGAAGCGACAAAUGUGCAUGUACUUGCUGGGUUCACCUGUUGUGAUGUGUCACCUACAAGCUCACUACGAUGUGUGAUGUCACCGGAAACGUCGGAGCACAGGUAGUCUGUACCGGUCGUGAUGGCUGAACCCGGUUCAUCACACGAGGGGGAGAUUUCUGUGUUGCCGUCAUCCACCUGACUGUGUGGAUCGAUGUUCGCCGAUUCCUGUGUUGGCACGAAACUAGUACUGGCGCACUCAUCGUUGGAUCCUCUCGCAGCUUCGCAAGGCUCUUCCAGCCCUCCAUGUUCACUAGAGCCGCUACAAUCGCCUUUGUUCUUGCUCUUUCGACGGUUGCACUUGGUUUGCCUCGGAACCUUAAAAUCUGCCCCCUUGUAGAGGUACUGCUUUAACCUCCGCUUUGGAGGCAUACCUUUUGGUACGUAAUAUCGCUAUACGACUGAAGAGAACGAAAAAAAUACGUCGCUAAAUACGAGAAACUGAGAACUACUCAUAUCACAGCAUCAACAGUUCGACAAAAUUGUUCCGACUUCGCACGACUUGGAGAUUGGCGCCUGUUGGCUCUCGGCUACCUUGUGAAUUUUUUCUUCGAAAUAAUUGGUCAACGGAGUUAGAAUUAUUACUUCGUUUUUUUUAUUUUUGAAUAAUAAGUCGUUUUAUACUUUUUUGGGGGGUAGCAAUUACACAAUAUUAAAGAAAGCUGAGACAGGAAAAACCAUCCUCCGUUAGCAGUAUUCUGCAUCACUCUCUGGCAACGUUGAUAGCAUUGUGUUUUUUUUUUCAUUGCCCGUAAUGGAUGGAUGGCAGGUUCGUCUUUGUCUGAAUGUGCACAUGUGUUGUGUCCCGUAGUUUGUGCUAUUUUGUUUUUCGUACACCAUUUACAAGGAACAAUGUACGCUUACGUCCGGUACGUCGAAGACGACGUAAAGGGAAUAAUGCCUGUUUCCCUGAUCAAAAGCUUCAACCCGCAAAGUUGUGACGUCUUUGACCGAAACAUCAAGAAGGCUUUUUGGCAGUCCCAGUCUGGAGCUGUUAAGGGCUUCUACGACGCAAAAGUCUUGCUACUUGGAGAGUCCAAAGAGGCCCUCAUAACGAACAUGGUCAGCAGGCGUAUGGCUAUACCUGAAAUAUUUGAGCCCACAGAUACGGACACGAGUGACGGUGCUGCGUCAGUUGUGAAGCCAAAAGGUCGUGAAAACGGUCAAGGCAAGAAAAUGGAAGCACGAAAGAAGCAACCAGAAACACGCACAUUUAGCAGGAAGGAGGUCCAUGGCAGCAUGGCAAGCAAGCAUAUGUUUCUACCUGAAACAGUUGAACCUGCAGUUGCUGCCACAGAUGAUGAGGCUGCGUCAGCCGUGAGGUCAGGCGGUCCCAAAAAUGACGCAGACAAGAAAAUGGAAGCAGGAAAGGGACAAACAGAGAAACAAGGAAGACAGAGCAGAAAGGAGGUGCAUGACAGUGAGACAGUGCCAAGAAAGAGGUUUCUGCUUGAAAGGGAGAUGAAGCAAAAAUUGGAAGAGGAAAACCAAAGCCUCAAAAAGGAGCUCACCGCAGAAAGGCAGCUUUGUAGGAAGCUACAAGAGGCGCUGCUCGAAAAGCAUGCUGCGAUGAGGAAUGCACUAAGCUCACCAGUCUUUACGCACGAAAUGCUGCAUGACCAACAUGAAUGUAUGGUUGAAGAGGCCACCACACCUCCACGUAAUAUAACCCCUCCAGAAUCAUCAGUUUUGUUGCCUUCGAGACAGGACAGCAAGAUGUCAAAUGUUGAGAAACCACCACAGUCUGCAUGCUCCAGCGGAUCCGUCAGCGUGACCAUUGUGUCGACCGACUCAAACUUGCCAGAUCCAUACCCGGUCUCUUUGGAUGGUAAUGCUCCUUCCAGUCCAGUAAAAAACUCUCUGGCAAAUAGUAAACCCAGGAGCCCCAGUGUUCACGGCUCCCUGACCCCAUGUGAUGCUCCCACUAGCCCAACAUGUGAAUCCAUGGCAGCAUGUCCAUCUAACGCAUCAAGUGCCUCCAGUGUUCAGGGCUGCACAACCACGAUGAACUUGAGCCUUGUCAACAAGACCUCGGGACGUUCCAACUCUAGGAACAGGAUAUCGCGACCAUUCCUGGGAAGAUCCCUCAUUCAACGUGCCCCCACACGCCCUGACUUGGUAUUGACUGGAGAUGAGGUGACUCUUGAGGAUGGCAUAAAUGUCAACAAGGAACAUUUUGAAUACCUGCUUGACACCCCUAAGGACUCUCUGUUCUGCCGCGACAUGGUGAGAGCUCUAUGGAGCGCAGAGCAGCUGGCAGAGAGAAGUCUAACAGGAGAAGCCUGCCGUCGGUUUCUAAAACAAGGCGCAGAGGGAAAGCGACGCCUCACCCCCAAAAAAUUGGAUGCCCUUGGAAAUGCCUGCUGGGAGUACCUGAAAAGAAGAACGCCUCCAAGCGACUCAAAGGAGGAACGAUUUAAGAUGCUUCCUAGUUAUGUUCGUAACCUGCUGUCCGACAUCAACAGAAAAAAAUAAAAAAACG